CACGCUUUGGAAGAUCUUACUUCUGCCAGCCCUGCUCCGACAGGGGGAUAUACCGUCGCUCCAGUGUCCGGGUCCGCCGGGCGGUUGGGCGCGACGCCGGUUCGGAGCAAGGUGCAGUGGCUGGACACAGACCAUUGCUUUCACUUGGGUGAUACGGUUUUCCUGCAAGCACAAAUGGUGAGCUCGACGGGUGCAACGCCGCAAGCACGUGCGCUGGCUGCAAGUCCCACAGUGGUACUUAUACCUAUUUUCUGUGUACUUCGUUGUAGUUGUGUACAGAAUUCCAAGCUCGGAUUAAUUUUAUCACGACACGACGAGAUAGAUUUUCAAGUUGUCGCAGUUGCGCCAUAAAUGUAGGAAUCGUUCGAAUCGCGACCAAACAAACACUCUUCAGGACUACAAAGAGCUGGCGCAGGCUCCGCGAGUAGCCUCCUAUGCCACUGUGAAGCGAUUCGAAAUUUCACCGAAACCGCCAUCUUUUCUGACGUUUGAUCAGAACCUGGGUGUGUUGGCGGGUGUGAUACCAGAGGACCUGAAGCUUUUCGAUGCUCUUCUGAAAUCCCUGCCGGCUACAACGCCAUCUGCUGGAGCUGCAGGAAUCGCAGGGGACCAAGCUGUCGCAAAGAAGGCAAAGUUUUCCGCCGGGAAAGUGUUUUCGCAAACUUUUUUCCUGCGUGCCGUGUCAGACUGGGGUACCGCCGAACAGAAGAUUACCCUGCGCAUCCGUCCCAAACGAGGCCCGGAGGUUUUGUCGUUGGUAAAUCAACAGGGCAAGACGUUGCAGAACCGGCGGUAUCAUUUGGGAUGCAAAGUGAAAAUUUCUGGCCCACAACUCGACCGGGGCACUCUCCCCACCGAGUACCGCAUCGAUCCGGAUGCGUCCCAGCUACCGAAGGGCGUGAUGUUCGACCCCAUGACCGGAACGAUCCAAGGCACUGCGUUGCGGCCCAUCAACAACAAGUCGUUCACGAUUUUCGGGAAAAACAAAUGGGGAGAGGCGCGUGUCGACAUUAACAUCAGCGUCUUUAACCCCAACCCGCCCGUCUACUACACCGGGCUGCACUGCGAUCCAGCUAUUCAGGCAUCGGACCAGCCCUGCAAGGACAUCGUGCUGUUCUCUUUUCUCGCCGGACAGCUGGUCUACGUUCCGCCACCCUUCAUUCCGAGCGUCGUGCGACCGAAGAAGUUUCGCCUGGAACCGUCGCUCGAGGCGAUCGGCGUGCCGUUUCUGGUGUUCGACCCGCAUUUGGGGACGAUCGGGGGCAAAACCCGCGAGGAUAUCCACGACGUGCUGCAAAAAACGCGGCUGAAAAUCUUCGCGGACUACGGUUUUGCCGAGGUGGACUCCUCCAUUGACAUCGAGAUUCUUCCGCAGCCGCCCCCGUUCGACCUUUCGCUGAAGCAGGCGGACGCCGACGGCCAGGCGGGGACACUCUCUCUGUCGGGUGGCACCGAGCGGUUUACGGCUGCAAGUGCAACCGUUACGUCCUCGGUAAUGAUGUCCAACACGAGCAGGGACAGCAUAUCCGUGCGCAGUACCUCCACGGACAACAUCACUGGAUCUGCGUUUCUGCGCAAAAUCGUCACCUUCUCGUACCGCGUGGACCACAGCUUCGUGCUCAUCCGCCCCGAUCGCUGCUCCGGCUCCCGGCCGGAGCGCUACACGCUGGAGCCAAAUUCGCUCCCGAAGGGCUUGUUUUUUGACGAGUCGAGUGGGUGCAUCAACGGCGUGCCGCGCGCCUGGCUGGAGAGCGCCAUCGAGUAUCGGCUCUGCGCCGUGAACCAGUGGGGUACGGCCGGGAUCCACUUCAAGCUGGAGAUUCCAAGGCCACCGCCACCGGGAUCACUCUUCUAUCUGAGCGCCACAAAACCCCGGCCCGAGGACCUGGAGCAGGCCAUCGCGUACGGGAGGGCGGAGCUGGACAAGAUUGGCGCGCUGGUGCCCGGAACGACAACGGCAAUCGACGAUAGGAGCGUGGCGGACGAGGAGGAAGAAGAAAUUUUGUGCGCCGAAAUCCCAGGGCAGACGGUGCGCCGCCCGGUGACGGCGGAAGCGCGCGCGAAGACGAAAGAAACAGCAGUUCUUCGCGAGAUGGCGCAGGGCAGGCUGUGCGAAUACGAACCUGGACUUCUUCUGCGUGUGGUUUCCUCGUCAACUUUUUCCGGACCAGCAAAUACAACUCGUGAGGGUGGCACGCCAGCAGACCAACUUGCGCUGAACGACAAAACCACAACUUCCAAACCCUUAGCCGGAGCAGCGGUCGCAUCCACCCAGCCGCUGGAUUCGCCAAUCGUGCUCGGCUCCCCGACGGCAAACUUUGGCCCGUCUAACCUGCCGAUCGUGGACAUCUACUGGACUGUCACCGCAGGAAAAACUUUUUGCUCGGAUUCGGGAUCCGUGGUGAAUCGCGCCAGCACGAAUUACUCGGUUUCGGACAUCUACUUCCACCCGCUCUUCGACCGGGACCUUUACCCCAACAGCGACCUCCGGCGGUAUUUCUCCCCCGCGGAACAGAAAUUCGGCGGAAGUUCCGCGUUUCUGCAGCGCUUGAACAUCAGUCUGGAUGAGACCACGGGCGAGAUGGUCGGCCUGAUUCCGGAGAACCCGGGCGCUUGCGGCCAUUACUUCUUCAAGAUCACGGUGAAGUCCAGUACCCAGGACGAGAUGCAGUCCGUUGCGUUGAUCAAGGUUUUGCCGGCGGAACCGCCAAACUCGAUCCAGUACAGCCACAACAUGGACCUCCGGGUCGUAGCCGAUGUCACGAAAAAGUACACCCCGCUGUCACCGCGGGACGCCAGCAAGUUCGGCGCUGUCAUGUCCCCGGGCGAACCGGCGCCGGAAGGGACGCUGCCGUUAACGGACUCUGUUUCCGAGGGAAGUGGGUCCGGCGACGGAGGGUUGCAGACCGAACGUGGAGGUCCUACCGCGCAGCAGCAGGACGGGAGCCCGUUUAGUUCCGGGAGCACAGCGACGUCCGCUGCGACAGUUGCGAACGUGGUGCCACAGGUUUUGGACGAGAUGAUGACCGAGACGGUGGUUGACCGGGCGGAUGGGGGCUUCCUCCCGAACACGGACACGGAAUUCAUCGACGAGCCCGCGCAGCUGCUAGACACCGAGGACUUCGACGACCAGGGAGCAACAGCGACCCCGCAGAUCCAAAACUUUGUCUUCUCCCUGGGAACGCGGAUUUUCGUCCCUGCGCCCACGGUCAAAGGCAGCGCGCCCGACCGGUACAGGAUCGUAAGCUGCCGUCCCUACAGCAGUACUGCGAGCAGUACCGUGGUGGACGGGUCAGACCGGCUGCUGAGCGAGGACUUGUAUCGGAACUUCCUCUUCGACGAUGAGUUAGCGCUCGAUUUGAAAGAACCCGCACAGCAAGUCGUCAACCGCCCGCCCGCCACCGCGAUGGCGAAGCGGCGGUCGCCGACGCUCGUCAACGAAGAGGAGCUGCUUGUGGCGAACUUCAUCCGCUUUAACUUCCGAGACGGGUGUUUGAACGGUUUCGCACUGAAACCCUUCCCGCCCCAGCGGCUCCGCAUCCUCUGCGAAAACAUCUGGGGGUACGCGGAGGCGAGCAUUUGCGUCUCGGUGCCGGACGAGCGCAUUCCGCGGAGCUUGUCGCUCGUCUCGUGCGCAAGCGUGGAGCACACGGCCCCCAAGUGGCGGGUGGUCGUGCAUCCCGGGUUGGCCGACGUCGGCUCAGGAAGUACAGCGGCCUCCAUCGAAUCCAGCACCUUCUCGCCCCUGCGGCUCGAGUUCCCCAGCGGCAAACUGACGAAGUUCCUCCCCUGUCUGGACUUUCCCAAUCGCUUGGCGGACCACGCGGAUCCGAUGCUAGAUCUGAGUCGGGAAGAGGCGCCGUUGCUACCGUACCACUAUUCGAACACGCCCCGAUUGGAGCCCGCAAUGUUUUCCUUGAUGGAGCCGAAGUCGCGGAAGCCGGUGCAGAAUUUGCCGCACGGACUGACGUUCGACCCGCUCACCGGAGAGAUCGGGGGCAUGCUGGCGAUUCCGCCCCAGUCGCAGUGGGGGGAACUGAAAAGGAGACAAGUGAUGUCUGGAAUCAGCGAGGACGGAGCGACGCAAAGUUUGACGUUCCGGUGGAACCGCGGAGAGGUGUCGUGUCCGGUGGAGAUGGUGAUCUGUCGGGAUGUCGACCCAAAGAUUUCCUACUCCAACAGCCGCGCCACGGCAUCGCUCCCAGUUUUCGUGCCCCCAUCGCGAACGAUUAGUACCGACGACGGCGCUCUCAGUACGGGAACCACGACGGCCAGGCUGAGAAGCCCGUCCGAGGACGUCGCGGAUGUGCCGUUUUUCCGCCUAGAAGUUGGCAAAGAGUUUAGUAGCUUGCGCCCGUGGACCCGGAACCGCCCGUUCCGCUUCCUCGUCAACAAGAGGUUGCCCGCAGGGUUGCAAUUCUGCCAGCUGACAGGGGUGCUCUCCGGUAGUCCGCGGGCGACAUGUGCCAAGGAGCGAUUUUCGAUUCGCUGCGACAACCACUUCGGCAACGCGGUGUGCUACAUCGACAUUGAGUGUGUGAGAGAGGUGCCGGCGGUGCUGGGUUACCACCGAUCGCAGCUGAUGGGGUAUCAGAAAGAGCAGGGGAAUCGCCCACUGGCUGUGGUCAGUCACUUGAACCGCUUGAACCGCGGCCUGGCGAAAAAUCCGAACGACUACACGACACAGAUUCACAUUCAACAGGGCCUGCACUACGACACUGGACCGCUUGUUGUGAAAGGCGAGCACAAUUACCCGAAGGCGUUCCACCUCAGCGGCGCCUUGCCGCACGGGCUCUGCUUCGAUUCCAUGAACGGGCGGAUAUGUGGGCUGGUUCUGAUACAAGGUGUUCACGUGCGGGAGUACCGGUACACAAUCAGUAUCGGCGACCUAGGCAUCUGCGUCGAUUUGUCACUGGUGUUAUCCCCGAGCGACACGCACGUGUAUAGCAUGCAGGACAGCGCACCGACUCCACCGACGAAACAACAAAAAAGUUCUUCAUCUGCAGGCCCGGGAAACAGAAAUGCGACAACCUCCCACCAGGAAGCUGUUGAUAAGAGCACGACGGACAACGAAGCCAGUAGCACGGCAGGCGAAAGCGGCGUCGCUUCUUCGUCUGCGACGGAAGCGCCACUUGUGGGCGGGGGUGCCUUCGUGGAGCAAAGCACGCCGACCGCAGCUACAUACUCGGGAACUGCGAUGAAUGCUUUGUCACCCGAAACACCGGGUGACCUUUCCGGGGGCGAGAGCAGCAGUGUCCAAACCCCGGUAGAGGCGUCGCGCAGAGCGAUCUCUCUGGACUCGCCCACCGUGUUGACGGGCCCGCCGCCGCCGACAGUGCUUUUCUUCGAUCAGAACAAGGAUGCGGGGCCGAUCGUCCCCCCAAGCUUCACGUACCCACAGGGUACGCCCAGCUUGGUAUGGCGGACCGCAACCUUCAAGUGGGGCAUGGAUCGCCUCGAGAGCACCGGUGUGCCGGAUUUGUACACGAAACACCCGGGCGCGUACGUGUACACGUUAGAAAACGCGCACAACCUGCCUGCCGGCAUGUUUUUGGACCCGCAAACUGGGCAAGUUGGCGGGAGAAUCCCCCGUGGCUUCAGCGGGAAGCGGACGGGAAGUAUCAAGGUCACCGCCAUUUCGAAGGAAGUUAUCCAGUCCGACAGUGUCAGCAAAGCGGGCGGACUCGAGAUUUCGCAGUACAAAACCACUUCGACCGUGGAAUACGAAGUGGUCGAACUGUUGCCGCUGGGAAAGGUGGAGUACGGCGGAAGCAGCUCCUCGUCGCGAAAUCCAAACGAGAAUGGGAAAAAUAACCUGCCAGUUACGAGCUUUGAGUUUCAGGUCGGAAAGGAGGCCCACAUUGCGCCGCCUGUGAUUGCGGGGAACAAUCCGCUGUCGAUGAAGAACCUUUUUCUGCUGCUGGAUGGCGCGGGCUCGCAGCUGCUGGAGAGCUCCGGUGAGGGGAUGGGGGCCUGGAAGAAGCGCAACGAGCAAAUGAUCGGGCGGCUAAGCGAGUUUGGUCUGAGCUUUAGCUCCUCGCGAGGAUCUUUCAUCGGGACGCCCAGCCGCCCGGGUGAUCUCCGGGACUUCCGCGUUGUGGUUCGUAAUCACCUGGGGCAGGUCACGCAAUCGAGCGCACUGUCCAUUAAAAUCAGCACCGAGAAGUCCAUCGCGCGUCUGUCUUACCUUGGGGUCAACGCUGCAUCGCGGGAUUCCGGAAUGGACCCACCAGCCACUUCUCGUCUCAGUGGCGUAAGCCAGAUUUCGACGGGCAAGAGAAAACUGCUUCCCCCGCCGGCAGACGAGAAGCAACCCCCAGUUGCAGCUACCGGGCCGCGCCUUGCCAUUUCAUCUGGUCCUGCUGGAGAGGCCCCCUUCGCGGCUUCGAGCGCCGCGGGACAGACGACGGUAGCAUCUCCGGCAACAACGAACGCAGCCGUCAGCGCCGUCGCGUCCGCAGUCGGUUCCGACAACACCGCGCAGUCCAGUGCGGGCGUCGCAGCCAGCAGGCCCGUCCGGAUCCCGGGCCCGCUAGCGGACGAGCCCGCAGACGACCACGAAUUCGCGUCGAGAAUCCCUUCACGCGACAACGACGUCGGUCUUCUCGAAGAUUUCACGGACACGCACGUCACGCAUCCUUUGCUCGAGACGCGCGACGAGGGAAUUUUUUCCGCUUCUAAGGUGUACGUUUUCACGUUCCGGGUCGGCGAGCUCUCGUCCACGGGGCCGAUUGUGGUGGAGGGCCUGCAGCAGGGACGGGAUGUGCUGUACGAUAUCGACCGGUACGACACACUCGAGGAGCUCUGCCUCAGUUUCGACUGCACCACGGGGAACAUUGGCGGCAUGAUUCCUUUGAGCGCGAGAACCGCCCGUACCACCGGGGCGCGCUUCCAGAUUACGGCGAGCAGCAUUGCGUUCGCUUCCACCGCGUCGCACGGGGAACCAGACACCUGGGGCUCCGGGUCCUCGGCCCGAGAUCACGCGGCGCGGCAGCAGCGGAUUGUGGUAGAAAAGCAGACCAUCGACGUGGAAAUCAAGAUUCUUCCCCGCCCAGCCCCGGCGCCCGUGCGGUAUCCGGCGUGCAAGGCGAUCCAAUUGCAGCAAGGCAGCGCGAUCGGUAGUUUGAUGUCAACGUCGGCCGGGCAAAGCCAAGGCGGGGCGGUCCGAUUCGAAUACAGGCUUUUGGUGGGUGCGAACAUAUUUCUCGCACCGCUCGGGUCCGGACUAGAACAACAGCGAACACCUGGGAGCGCCGGCGCAGCCUUGCUAGCGCUCGAGCGCAGCGCUGAGGGAUACGGCGAACGCCCGGAUUUGGCGAAUGUGGAAUUUUCGAUUCAGCCGACGACUUUGCCCGAGGGUUUGGUGUUCGACGGCGGCAACGGGGUAAUUUUCGGCAUCCCGGUGAUGACCGAAACGAGCCCACGGUAUCAGGAGUACACCGUGCGUGCAAAGAAUGCGUUCGGAAGCAGCGAGAUGAUUCUGCGGCUCGUGUUCAUCGAGCCCACUUGCAGCCGGCUGCGACUCGAGUACCCGAUUGGGCAAAAUUUGCAGUUUUGCGUCGGAGAGCGGGGACAAAGCAAGAAGCCGAAGCUCAUGAUGCCGGGCGGACGGGACCCGCACAGUGCCUUGCGCGUGGUUCGGUACGAACUGAUGCCGGGGCAGAAACUCCCUCCCGGCCUGAUGUUUGACACGCGAACCGCGGAGUUUGUGUCCUUCAUGCUUCACAGCGAGCACGGCGCCGAGAAUGGGCCGGAAAGCAAGGACUUUCUCGAAUACACCUUUGAAAUCUCCGGUCUGAUUCCCACUUGGAAUGCUCGCGGGGUCAGCGACUGGAUGGGCUACGGCUGCGUGUGGGACGGGGCGCAGCAAGCGGUGAAAAGGAACAGCGAAAGUGGAGGAGCAGAUGACACUGUGUGGUCCACUGUUUCACUAUCGAGGAGAGACAUCGACCGCUUCUACAAGCGAGUUGUGCUGGAUCCCGUCACGGUCAGAGUAAGUCUGAUCGAGAAGCCACACAACCUGCGGUACGCAAGUCCGCACUACGCUGGAGUCUGGCUAAAGUUUUUUACAUCGCAGCCGCCCCGGUGCCAAGGAGUCGGGCAUCGUGUGAGCCACUCAGCGCCCUUGCAGUUCAGCAUCUCACCGAGCGAGCUGCCUUUUGGCUUACGCUUCGAUGACAAGUCGGGCACCAUUUACGGCGUGCCUGGCGCCGGCGGCCCGGGCGAGCAAAUUCACUUUCCGUCCGCGGCAAAGCAGGGUUGGUUCGGCGGGGGAGCCAACACGAAGAAUCUCCUUCCCGCCACCGACGAGAACGUGGCACAGCUCUUCUUGGAGGGUGUGGACCGCGAGUACACCAUAACGGCCGCCAACAAAUUCGGGAAGUCCAGCACGAAGCUGCGGCUGACCCUCGACGCCAUCAAGAUUCCAAAGAGCUUGAAGUUCAAGAACCCACACGGGUACACGACGUUCGUAAAGGUGCCGAUCUUCAACUUCAGCACGGGGGAAGCGGUGUCCACCGACGUACCACAGCUCGAGGAGCGCCACCACUUCUUUUCCGAGGAGCUGCAACAGCACUUGGAGACCACGCGCGAGGGCAUCGGGCGCAGCAACCGGCGCCGGAUUCGCUUUGCGCUCAGCGCGGACACGGCGGACAAUCUGCCGCCCGGGUUGCGCUUGGACCCAGACGUGGGGCACAUCAGUGGCUACGUGCCGUACCUGCUUGCCGAGAAGUACCUGAACCGCGCGAUCCCGUUGACCAUCGAGGCGCGCAACUUCACGAAGAAGAACGUGGACGUCACGAUCGAGAUCCACAUCAAGCGCGGCGAGAAGCCGGACGGUCUGUCUCUGGCGAACGCGAAGCAGCAAAACAAAAAAUUGCAACUGAACGAGGCCGUUGCGCUGGCUUUGCCGCAAUCCACCUACAGCGCGAAGCGGGAAGCCGACGACCGCUUCGUGCCGCCGCUGCCGUCCCCGCUGACUGCCGGCGGGCAGGACAUUUCGGCCGAGGCUGCGGUGAAUCUGCAACUCGACCUUCCGCCACAGCGGAGCCCAUCGGGUAGUGCGUCCGUGUCGGCCGGGCGCGCGUCGCGGUCGAAAUCCACUGCGGGGGGCGGUAGCAGCGUGGCCUCGUCUCCCGUCUUCGGGGACCAGGAUCGGAGCAGCAGCGGGACGGGAAGCAAGUCGCGGGCAUCGAAGCAGCAACCGCGCUACUCGUCGAUUGGACAGCUGGCGGUGAUGCUGCGGAGCAUGUCCGACGCAGAAGUGAUGCAUUCGAUUAUCCGAAACAAAGUGAAAGAGCCCCCUCCUGAAAGUUUCCUCUCCAUCGGCGGCCGGUCUUUCCACCGGAAAUGGAUACUGAAGUUGCUCCAGGCCGCCGCUGCCCAGCAACAGCAGCAGCACCACGGGAGUGAGGUACGUCGAGACCACGCAUUUGGGCGGUCGAAGGAGAGUACAGGAAAUAGUGUGGCGGCUGAUCCACAUCUCGAUGGCGCCGUCGCGCCCGCUGGUGCGGGGUCCGAAGACGGCUCGGUUUCCUUGCGGACGAACGACAAAAAUACUGGCGAUCUGCUUGGAAAUUCCCGCAGUACGGUGGAUUCGAAAGCAGUGCGGCAGACUCAAGGCAGUUUGUCUUUCACCAAGCAGUUUGGCUACAUGCAGUUUCGUUGCGACUCCUACACUGUGACCCCAGCGCUCCCGCGGGGUUUAGAAUUGGACGAGCAGACUGGCUGCAUCUUUGGGGCGGCGAAAGAGCCCUUCAAGGACACCACGUUUGUCGUCAAGGGCUUCCACAAAGAGCUAAAACCCGAUGGACAACCGGUUGCGGAAACCGCUCCGGGCGUUACGCUGUCCUGCGCGCAACCGGCGCCGCCAACAGACCUCGAGUACGAAUCGGCGCGGGGGCAUGAGAAGCCGACCUACUGGAAGUCUGCGACGACGUAUCGGUUUCCGGCGCUCGUGGGGUCGUUCGUGGACACGGGGGCGCCGGUUAUGAAAUAUCGGCUUCCGGACGUGCUGUACCGGCACCAGGUCCAACAACGGCUCUUCGUUUCCGACACCGAUUUUUAUGCCGAGGCGAUGCGUCGUCUCGACCAGGAGAGCGAGGAGAAGGAAAAUCUCAGACAGCUAGCAAAAAGCGAGCGGCCUUCUCGCGCACGCACGCCGACCAACGCGGACACGCCCACUUCGCAAUCACGCCCGCAGCUGGACUUCGAAGACUUUGUGUCGGGCGGGCCCGCGGCCGCAGUUCUGAACACGCCGCUGAAAGGCGGCGACAGCGCAAUCGGUGCCCCGACGCCCGACAGCUUGAUGCGGUUACGACGCUACCAGCGACCAAAAAUCCUGGGCAUGGAGAUGGACUUCUUCGAUCCGCGUCUCUACCGCAACGCGUCCGGACUGGCGGACACGCAGCUCUUCGAGCAAACAGGGGCGCACUGUGUGGAUGCCUCGGUGCUGCACGACGGCAGCUUCUUCAGCAUUGACAAGGAGGCGGACCUGAAUGCCCUUGGGCUCAGCUUCGACCACCGCACGGGGCGCAUCGUCGGCUUCCUCGUCGCUUCUCCUGCGCUGUUGAGUCGAGUGGAGAGCGCAGCGGGCGCGGCGGGCAAUCCGGCCGCAGCAUCGGCCGGCGGUGCGGCCGCUGCGGCUGGUAUGGUGGCGUUAACGUUCAAAGUGACCUUUCACGCGGGCGACGGCAACUACAAGGGAAACUUGGCAGAAAGCGGUAUCUUCAGCGGUUCCACUGCAAGCAAGAGCAUCAAAAACAGCUUUGGCGAGUGCGAUUGCGAGGUGAAGUUGGAGCUGUACCCACGUCACGUGCCGCGCGUGCUGAACUACAUCCGAUUGGGCACUCACGUGAUCGAGAAGGCCGCCACCGUGUCGCUGAGGCCCCACGAGGCAACUUUGCGUCGCGAAACCGAGAGAGCAGUGAGGCAUGCCGGCCCCAUCCGGCAACCCGCUCGCGAAGGAUCAGGCGCUAGUGCGGACGACCCACCGGACGGCACUUGUUACGCGGCAGAUCAAGGUGCAUCACCCGACCUGUCUCUCGAGACGCCGAUCGCGCCGGACGCGCACGUCGGAGCCGUAGAAGCGGAUACGCUUUGUCCGCUGGAUCCCGAUUUCCAGAUGAUGAUCGCAGCCGGCCGCGAUCCCACAGCGGAAGGCGAGCGGGUGCCUCUGUCUGAAGGUGAAACCGCGGACGGUGGCGCAACGACCAGUUCACCGACCGACUCGCUUGCUACCGAAGCCACAUCCGUGGCGACGGGAACGACCGCGACUGGCCGCAAAUCCGCGUCGGCCAUGAAGGAAAUGCGGCAGGCCAGCCUCACCGGCGGACGGCCCGUGGUACCAGAGUCCGCCCGAGGAUCGGGGGGUCAGGACACAAUCGUGGAGACCGCGGCCGCACGUGCUCUCUUGUGGCAAGACCCGCACAUCGACGUCGUGACUCUUCCCGACAGCAGCAAAAAGGGCGACGUGACCUUCAACUUCCGCAUUGGGCACCCGGUCAAGCUCUGGCCGCCAGACACGAAGCUGAGCAGCUUCCACGCCAGCUCGGCGUCGUCCACCACGAGUUCCGCGCUUUUGACCUACUCAUUGCAGCCGUCAAACCUCCCUGCGGGGCUGGUUUUUAGCCAACAAAACGGCUCGAUUCUCGGCGUCGCGAAGUCCAGCGUUGCUGCGCGCAAGUACACGGUAACGGUCAAUAACCGGUGGGGACAGGCGAGCUACAGUUUCGUUCUCAACAUCCCGAAGGGGUCUGCGCCGCCGGCGUUCGUGUACCGCACAAAAGUUUUUUCUGCGUUUUUCAACGCGCCGCGAUUUCAGUUCACGCUCGGCUCUAUCAACAACACCGGCACGGCUAUCUUUCAGCAGCCCUACGACACAUCCGGGUCCGGGGAGAUCCGGUUUCGGCUCGGUGGCGACGAGAAGACCGGCAACUACCUGCCGAGUCAAACGACAGCAUCGCUAUCCUCUAACAGUAGCAUCCUCGCGCCGGGUCUGUUUUUCGACCCCUACACGGGCUCGAUUGGCGGACACCUCGGGUUUGCGGAGCCGCGCAACCAUUGGAAGUCAAAAACGUCGCUGACCAUCAUCGCGUCCAACCGGUUCGGCGAGUCUCAGUGCGCGGUGGAAUUCGAAAUUGUGGGUCGCAGCCCCUUUGCGAAGGUGUGUUUCCGCGAGGAGGACAAGGAGCGCCUCGCCUCCGGCCAGUUUUCGGUCGGCAGCCGACUGCUGGUGUCCGAACCGCGCAUCUUUAACACCGAGCGCGAAGCCACCGAGGGGUCGCGGUACUUCUUCUACAAUAUUACGGAGAACAAGAAACCUACGCUCCACGACCGCUCCCGGAGUAAGGAAAUGCGCAUGCUGCAGCCCUUCGUCACGUCUCAGCUCACGGAGCCGGGCUACCCGGAGUAUCUGGACUUCGACAAUGCCGAAUACAAUCUGUUCCACGACACGUCGCUGCGCCCGCGGUUCGAGCUGCAAGGUAGUCUCCCGGAGGGUGUGUCCUUCGACCGAUUCUACGGAUUGAUCUACGGCGUCCCCCGCCGGCAGUUCAAAAAGCAGACGGUCACGCUGGUUUGCAGCACGCUGUGGGGCAAGGCGACUGCGAAGGAGAGUUUCGCGAUUUACGUGCCGCAGCCGGAGCCGCCGACCAGUAUCGCCUACCCGAGCAUCACGCGGCUUUCGCCCAUCUGGCGCGUGCCGGUCAUGCAGUUCAUUUGCGGUCAAUUGGCGGAGACAGGCGCCGCGAAGGUGGAGCCAAACGUGGCCAACCCGAGCGGCCCGGCAGUGCUGGAAUUCCAACUGAUCGACAAGGGCGCCUCGCUGCCAAAGGGGCUGAACUUCAACCCGGUGACCGGGGCGAUCGGUGGGAUCGUGCCGCAAAUCGCGGACAGGAGGGAAGAGACGCUCGCGUUUUCGAUUUUGGCGCAGAACGAGAUGGGACAGUGCUCCACCGACAUCGAGAUCGAGAUUCUGCCGCACCGCGCGGUGUCCUACAAACUUAUCGACCGGGAAAUCACCACGCUGCUGCGCCAAUUGAAGAGUCACUUAGAGCAGUUGCUGUCGGUUUUGCCCAGGAGCAGCGCGACUGCGGCCUCCGGAGUUGCAGUGGUAGCGGUGUCAUCUCCUGCGGUCGCUAAAACGGACGACCGACCUGCCGGACGGGCAAGCGCGAGUCUGAUGCCGACGGGGCCAACGCAUUCGGCCGGCGCGCUGCCGAACCCGGCGCUCAUCAUGCUGGAGCAGCUGAUCGGGGAGGUGGAGCGAUUGGAGCAGCGCACCAUCAACAUGCAGUCCGCUGCGUGGCCGCACAACUGCGCAAACAUGAUAGAGGCGUUGCAGAAGAAACAGGCCCCGAAAAUUCACAUGACCACGCCCACGGCCAUUUCCGUCACGACGUCUAGUAACAUUUGCCCCUUCGACUUGAUUGGCUUGCUUUACGAAUCCCACUAUUGGCUGGAGAACCUGUGGGAAACCAAGAUGCUGCCCGUUUGGAGCGAAAUCAACGAGGCGCUCGCGAAGGCCAACGCAUCGGUCGCCCGCGCCGACGGGUCCGAGGGCCAGGCGAACUUCCAAGAAGUAGGAACCCUGCCGAGCGGGUUGCAGAAAGUGAUUUCCGAGCUGGGCACGCAGCGCCAGAAGUGGCACGACAAGUUUCAGAUGGAGCUGGAGGAACUGUUACCGCAAAGUCGGAAGAUCUUGUUGCAAGAUUUGGACGUGUACGCAAAACACUACCUCGGGGUCGCGCUCGCCAAAGCCAACGUCACCGCGGGCGGCGCGGCGCUAGAUCCACCUUCGUCGAAAGAGAAGGUCCCGCGUCUGAACGUGCAGCGCUACGUGCAGUUGCUGAAAGACCACGAGGAGCUGCGGGUCAAGGCGGAACAGCAGGUCCGACACACGAAACUGCGUCUGGAGUCCACGCGGUCGCUGCUGGAAAGCGGGAACGACCAGAGCAAGCUGCGCACGUUCCACGAGGUCGGGGCCGUGGACAAAAUCACGUCGAUGGGCAUGGCGCUACUCGCGAUGUCCGUCUGCCCACUACCCGGUGCGAUGGAAGUGUGGUUGGUCUCGAGUGUCGUGAUGCUGGCGGAGACCGACCACGCGGGCCGCCACGUGGUCGUCGAGCACCCGCGGACGGAACCGUUGGCGAAGAUCUUCCAGCGCUUCAACACGCAUCCCUCGCUGAAAGCGUACGACGAAUUCAUUCUGGAUUGGGAGCCCAGCUUUCAGGACGAGGAUCGCGAGGAGAAGAGCGCUAGUAGUUCUCUAGUAACCAGUUCUGGUGGUGCUGCACCAUCUAGCGCCGGGCCCGCUUCUAGCAAGGAAAUCGUGCCAGUUCGACCUCCACCCGCGGGAGGAGCGCCGGGCGUCCGCGAGACCUGCUGUUUGAUCCACAACGCGACGAGCAAAAGUCUGGUGGUCUCUUUGCUCACCGCCGAGGAAGCGGAGAAGGCGUCGGGGCUGAUGCAGAAGGCGCUGCGCCGGCACCCGGUUGGCAACUUUCUGGACAAAAACAUGAAGCGCAAGGAGAAAGCGCGCGAGCAUUUUGUGCUCGUGGCCGCGGGAGAUAUGGUCAAAGUCCCGCUCGAGCCGGAGCCAGAGGACAGCAGCGAGGACGACGAUUUUUUGUCGGUAAAACGCAAGCCAGAAGUUGUGGUGUCCGCUGACAAGUCCAAGACCGCGGUCGGCGGGGGCCCCGCCGCCGAGAUUUCGCGCUACGUCCGCGGGUUUUUCCACUAUGGGACCACGUUCGAGAACAAGGGGAAAGCCAUCGGCGACGCAGCGCUCGAGCCGGGUCAGGUGAUUUCGUUUGUGUGCGUGGAAUCGACGGUGCAGGUGGUGUACCGGACCAUCGAGGACCAAAAGAUCGCGAACCACCUGGAGAUCAAAAACGAGUGCUUUGAGCACUGCAGCGUGAAGGUGACGCAGGACAGCUCGAAGUUCCUGCUGGAAACGGGCCUGGAUCCGGGCUCCUCGGUCUCCUUUCAGGGCAGAAAUCCGGUCAGCCGGAAGGUUUUCCAGAAAACCGUCAACUUCGACGCCAGCUACCACGUUCUAGUCAAACGUGGUGGACAGGACGGGAAAUCCGUCGAAGCCGAGCUCUCGGACGGCCAAACGCUCCGCAUCGAGGGCAUUGACCUCUGAUUGAAGAGCAACAACUGCGACCUGAAGAACUCUAAUACUUUCCAUCAGACGACAAUUCUAAGAUUUGUUUUCGAAGAAACUUUUCAUGUGCUAACGCUGGUAGCUACUCGGUUCAAACAGAAACAUCAACAACUGAAGCGAAUCAAAAACCACAUCCAAAAUGGAUUUUUCCCGACAUGUUCGAGCCUAGCGCUAAGCUUUACGUUUAUUUGUCCUUGAACUGGCAAUA